UCAAUCACCUCUAUUUCUUUUUUGUCUGUUGUUCUGCAAUCUUAAAUCUGGACCAUUUCUACGUUCUUAGGCAUAGAAACGUGCUGAUUGGUGUAUGCGUGGUAUAUGUUGUUGUUUGGGUUCACUAACGAGGCACAUUAUAUUCGGAUGUAGCGGCGAAGCAGUUUAUUUCCAUAUUUGUUAGGUUCCCAGGCACGUAAAAUUUUGGCAGUGAGCUAUGGGGUUUACUGUUGCUGAAGUUCAUGAAGCAUUAGAAUUUGAUUCAGGCUGUUCUGGAUGGGUUGUUUAGUUUGAGAGAGUCUGUACUGCUGAUGUGUUCUCAAUGCAUUUUUCUAGGUUGGAUUGCAUAGUUGAUUAGUUCAUGAAGCAUUAGAAUUUGAUUCAGGCUGUUCUGGACGGGUUGUUUAGUUUGAGAGAGUCUGUACUGCUGAUGUGUUCUCAAUGCAUUUUUCUAGGUUGGAUUGCAUAGUUGAUUAUAUUUAUGUGGAUGCCAGUUGAUUAGUCUACAUGAUGCCGGGAGCUGUUUUUGUUGAUUUUUGAGAAACUGUGAACUGCCUGUGCCGGAUAUGAUAUGCACGUUUGUUAAUGUGUGUCGUGUCCCGCCGGCUCUUUAUGUGACUAUUAGUGUACUUUCAAAAAUAACAAGGUACUCAUUAAUUCUUUCGUGUGUGUCGUCUCAUCCUGAGAUGCUUAUGCAGGGUCAGGGUUGGAAAAGCUCCCGAGGAGAGGGAGAUGAAUCCGAACAUGAUAUCAGCUCUGGAAUUGUCUGUCCGUGCUUAUGCAGAGAAGAGGGAUGGAACUGUUGUGUACCCAAGCAUUGGGACAAGUUUUGACUCGUUGGAUGAAGCUUAUGAAUUCUAUAAUCUGUAUUCGUGGGAGUGCGGGUUUGGUGUUAGACUUGCCAAGAGCAGAUUGAAUGUUGAAAGGAAGAGAUGCAUGCAAGAGAUUGUGUGCGCUUGUGCGGGGAAACCGUUGAGGGAAAACAGCCGCUCGACCAGGUGCGGAUGCAAUGCCAUGAUUAGGCUGCUGCGGUCGAACGACAAGGGCUGGUAUAUAGCAGAACACAAGGAUGAUCAUAACCACCCGUUGUCGUUGACCUGUGGCCAUAAAAUGCAUUGGAAGUCGCAUAAGCAUAUAGACAGAUACACAAAAGAUCUAGUGAAACAGCUGAGAGACAACAAUGUGGGGCUGGGGAAAGUGUAGCAUUGUUGGAAGUUUUUUCGGGACAGUGGAUAAAGUGCCAUUUACCAAGAGGUCUUUGAAGACUUUGUGCCGAAAGUUGAAUAGAGAAUAGUCUGACAUGGAUGCAGUCAAGACGAUGGCGAUUCUAGCUGAAAUGAAAGCUAACGAUCCUGACUUCAAUUACACGGUGCAAGUGGAUGGGGAGAGCAGGGUAAAGACACUAAUGUGGGUAACAAGCAGAGGUUUUGACCAGUACAGGUGUUUCGGAGAUGCAAUCACAUUUGAUACAACUUAACGUACUAAUCUUUAUGACAUGCCGUUUGGGUUGUUUGUUGGUGUAAACAACCACUUCCAAAGCAUAAUUUUUGGUGAUGCCAUGAUGAGGGAUGAGAAGGAGGAGACGUUCAAGUGGAUUUUUAAAGAGUUCAUCCGUAUGGUGGGCGGGAAACACCCACAGACAAUCCUAACUGAUCAUGCAGAUCAAGCUGGCUAUCGAGGCUGAACUACCAAACACAGUACACCGUUGGUGCAAGUGGCAUGUUCUGAAGAAAUCAAAGGAGUCGAUGGGUGCGCUAUGGAGCAAGAAUAGUGACUUUAAGAUGGAGUUCCACAAGCUAGUCCAUCACAUGAUCACAGAGGAAGAAUUUGAAGCUGGUUGGCAGCUGAUGCUGGAAAGGUACUCCCUGAAGAAGCAUCCAUUCUUGACGCAGAUAUAUGAGGUGCACCAUAAGUGGGCAAAGCCAUAUUUUAGAGGAGUGUUUUGUGCGAAAAUGACUAGCACACAUCGGAGUGAGAGUGCAAAUCACAUGUUGAAAGGUUACGUGCCGCCAGGGUGUCCUAUGCACCUAUUUUUGAAACAAUUUGAGAAACUCCAAUUUAACAGGGAGUCGGAGCAGAGCUUCCAGGAGAAGAGAACAUUGCUGAGUGUUGUGUCGCUUAGAAAUAACCUGCCAUUAGAGAGGCAUGCUAGCAAGGUGUACACGAGAGCUAUGUUUGAGAAGUUCGGUGAAGAGCUGUAUAAGUGUGGUGCACAUGUAUUGGAUGAGAUUGUACCAAGGAAGGUUUAUAGAUCAACACAUGUAGAUGCUGCAGCAAGAGAGAAAUGGAGUAAGGGUGAGUUCACAAUCGAAGUGGAUGAUGAAGAGAGUUUUUUCAGUUGUGAGUGCGGCAUGUUUGAACACGCUGGGUUGGUUUGUUGCCAUGCAUUGCAGGUUAUGGUCCACUUCCGCCUGUCAAAGAUACCAGAGAAGCAUAUAAUGAAACACUGGACAAGAGAUACAAAUGAUGUUCUCCCUGCACAUUUGGUCCGAUACCAGAAAGACAGAGGGCCUCCUUCCAGCAAUACAUUCAGACAUCACACAAUGUACAUGAAGGCACUAGAGUGUGUGCUGCUUGGCGAUAGCAAUGUUAAGUGCUAUGAUGUUUUUAUGACCAUUAAGCGCCGAAAAGGACGGGAUGGGGCUAGCAGAAAGGGAGCAACAAAAUCAGGUUUUAGUUCAGGAGCACCCAGGGGCGCUUCAGGUAGAAGGGGGCAGCACAAGGCCUGCUUGUGAUGGUGAAACAAGUUGUUCAGGGAUCAUUGGGCAGCAGAAUAAACGCCCGAGAGGGAGACCGACAACUAGCCGAGACAAAGCUCCGUAUGAGCAACAUUUGAAGAGAUCAAGGUUUUGUACUAUCUGCAGGGGGCAAGGGCACAAGAGCACCACUUGCCCUGAGAGAGGCGACGUGCCGAAAAUGCCAAGGAAAUUGCCGAAGUGUACAAAUUGUGGUGUGCUUGGGCAUCGUCGCAAUGCUUGUGGCACGAAGAAGUCUGGACCUUUUGAACCCAACUUUCUCUGAGGAACUUAGUAUGUUGGCUCUGUGGAUACUGUUUUCAUUAUCAGGGAUGAAUUAUUAUGAAUUUGUGAUGGGAUCGUUGACAUCCUGUUGACAAUUUAGAAUUUGUUUUAAUGCUUCAAACGUUGGUUUCAUUUGAGACACUGAUUUUUUUUCAUGUUUGUGUUGGUUUCAUCCGAGACACUGUUUUGUUUGCAUGGGUGUGCUGGGGACUGUGUUGGAUCGAUCACCAGGAUGAUGUUUAGAUGAGCUUGCAUUUUCGUUGGCUUUGAUUGUGACCGUUACAACAAAUGUGCGUCAAACGGUCCAGCCUGGCCUAAAAAAAGCAAAUCCAAGAACUCUGAUCUCGCAAAUCUAUGGCUCCCAUGUGUACAUGACGAUGAAUCCUGACAGCUAGGCAAAGGGACGUGCGACGGUGAACGACAAGUUGACAGGGCCACGAUCAUAGCUUUGACUAGGCCCAUUCACUACCUCACGGGUGAGCACGCCUGGUCUGACGGAGACAGAUGUGCCUGGCGAAUGGUACAUGCAUUGAAUGGCCACGCCCUCUCUCGAUUGGCGAAUUGUUAACUACAAGAACAGGUAUGGCAUGAGAUGAAAUUUGGUUGGCCGUGGCAUCAGGCUAUGUUUUUCGUUAGAAAAAACAAAAUCGCCAGAGAUGGAUAUUUGCUCCACGCAUGAUUAUUUGUUUUCUCCGGAACAAUAGAUAAAAAAAAUUGACCAAUUUUUUUGGGGUGAGUCACUGAGUGUUGUGCUGUGCCUGUGCCUUGCUCGGCUAGAUGGCUUGUUCUCAUGGAUGGCAUGGGGGCGUUGGGGGAGGGGAGCGUUGCCCAUGCUUAGGCGAUGCAUGCCAUUGGCUAUGCGAGUUGACAGGUGAUGGAAACACUGCUCCCGAAAACUUUUAAUGGUGGGCAUGAUGACGCUCCUUUUCGUGCUGCGAAAGGCCGGGCAGUUGGUGACAAGAUGUGUGCACAGAUACAUUGCGCCGUCCAUCUGUUCCCGGUAUAAAUGCGCACAGAGAGCCAUGGGCGAUAGGUGGGAGAAAGGCUAGGCGUGGCAUGUGUGCUUCCCAUCCACAUAAUUCAAAUUUCCAACCUCGGCUACCAUCCCAUCAUGUUGGUUUGAAUUUUGAAUGUGCUUGCUCGGGAGGGAAAACGAAAAUUUUCGUUGUCUAUAUAUGUACGUGGCGCGGGGGAGUGGAAAUCGAUCCAAACGAGAGUAGAGAUGGCGCCAAGCAGCACAGUUUCGCCAACUUCAGAGCUGACCGAAACAUCUGGCUCCACCUUGACAGUAGGCGGGGUGCAGGUGGUUAGUGAAGCUGUAGGGCUGGAUGCUCUCGUUUUCCCUGAUCCUUCAUCUGUAGUUGACAGUCUGGUCGACGAGGCUAGUGUGAUGGCGCAAGGUGCGGGGGCCGAAGAAGAUGUUGUUUCCGGUGGUGCAUCAUUUGAAAAUUUGUGGUUGGAGGAAGAGACAGCGGAUUCUGACCCUUGCAUGGGGCAUGCGGGGCCGGUGGGUGCAUGCAAGCUGUUGGAUGGGGAUCACAUGUCAGGGACGUGGGAUGCUGAAGCUGGGUGUGAGGAAGAUGACGCUGAGAGCCCUCCAUGCAAGCGUCCAAGGAUAUGACGACAUAAUGUAUUAGGUUGAUGCAUGCAAGUGUUUGAGGCCGUGUGUGUUGCUUAGAAUGUCAACUAAACGUACUUCAAGGUGUUAGUGGUGUUGUUCGCCACGUGCAUUUUUCAGUUUCAUUCUCACUGUGUGUGUGUCGCUAAAAUGGAAAAAGUCCGGCCAUUGAGUAUUAUUUAAAUUUGCAUGUGAGAUACUGAUUAAACUUGCGGGCUGGAACAUUUGCAUGCAAAUUGUUUUGUUUAUUCGUAGAUGUGUAUGUUACCCUGAA